AUGACUAUUUUGAAGAGAGAUUAUGGGCUAGAUGUGAGUUACUACGUGGUAUGGUUGGGCGUAGAGAAAGCAAAGGCUGUUAUUAAUGAAAAUCACUUAUUAUCGUUUGACCAGUUGCGGUGGUAUUUAGCUACUGUGAUGCGUUACAAUCUGGGAAGUUAUGUCAAUAUUGACUAUCACGCAAGUAGUCAACAGUUUUGUCGUUUCUUUGUAUCAUUCGUUGUGUGUAUUUUUUGGUACAAUUCUUGUCGGCCUUUAUUAUUCUUUGAUGGAACAUUCCUCAAAGGAAAGUACAAAAGUCAGCUACUUGCAACAAUGGCAAAAGAUGGAAACAAUGGUCUAUUUCUUGUUACAUUUGCGAUUGUUGAUUCAGAGACCACGACCAAUUGGUUGUGGUUCUUGCACAAACUUGGGAAAGUUAUUAAUGGUAAGCGUCAAAUUACUUUUAUUUCGAACCGUAAUCUUGGUCUGUUAGAAGCGAUGUCGAAGGUGUUCCCAUCGGCUCACCAAGGUUAUUACUUACAACACUUGAAGAACAAUUUGAGAGACCGGAUAAAGGGAAUUGAUAAUGCAUUUAGGGACCGCCUCGUUAGUAGUUUGGGUGACUAUGCUUACGAGCCAACUAUGGUAGGGUUCUAUGAAAAGCUUGAGAAAUUAAAAGAGGAGGAAUGGGGCAUGCGUUAUGGGGAGAUGACAUCCAAUGCGGCAGAGUCAUUUAAUAAUUGGAUUAAAGAAACACGCAAUCUUCCUAUCACUCAGAUGGUGGACACAAUUCAUACUCAGUUGAUGCGGCAAAUGUCUGCGAGACGUAACCAAGCAAACAAGUGGAAUGAGCUUAUUUGUCCUACAUUUGAAACAAUGCUUCUUGAUUCAUUCAAUGACAAUAGGUCUUGGCAGGUGAGCAAAGCCAAUGAGGAUGUGUUUGAGGUUCAUUCUAUACCAUCUGUUAUGGUUGAUAUUGCAAGGUGUACAUGUUCUUGCUUCAAAUGGCAAAUCAACGGAUUCCCAUGUAACCAUGUUGUUAUUGGUAUUUAG